CAGUUCCUCCUCCUUCCACUGAAGUGGCCAAGGGAGUUGAGCUGAGCAGGGGGAGGGGAAGAUCUACACCCAUCCCCCUUCCUCUAGCCCUCCCUGCGUUUAGAUUCAGUUGCACCUUUUAUUAUUUUAACUCUUCUCCUUAGGACACGCAGCCCCCAAUUUGUCCCUCCGGCCUGGGCGGCCCCUGGUCCCGCGCGCCAGCAUGGGAGAGCGAGGGACCUGCCCGCGGCCCGCCGGCGUGUGCAAGGAGGUCCAGCCGCCGCGCCCGCUACCCGGAGUCUGAGGACGGGUGUCCAGGGACGGAGAGGCAGGUGAGAGGGAGGUGGCUAAGCUGGCUAUGGUGACAGGACGAUGUUGGCCAGAAAGAGUAUCAUCCCGGAGGAGUAUGUGCUGGCGCGCAUCGCCGCAGAGAACCUGCGCAAGCCGCGCAUCCGAGACCGCCUCCCCAAAGCCCGCUUCAUCGCCAAGAGCGGGGCCUGCAACCUGGCGCAUAAGAACAUCCGUGAGCAAGGACGCUUUCUACAGGACAUCUUCACCACCUUGGUGGACCUGAAAUGGCGCCACACGCUGGUCAUCUUUACCAUGUCCUUCCUCUGCAGCUGGCUGCUCUUCGCUAUCAUGUGGUGGCUGGUGGCCUUUGCCCACGGGGACAUCUAUGCUUACAUGGAGAAAAGUGGAAUGGAGAAAAGUGGUUUGGAGUCCACUGUGUGUGUGACUAAUGUCAGGUCUUUCACUUCUGCUUUUCUCUUCUCCAUUGAAGUUCAAGUUACCAUUGGGUUUGGAGGGAGGAUGAUGACAGAGGAAUGCCCUUUGGCCAUCACGGUUUUGAUUCUCCAGAAUAUUGUGGGUUUGAUCAUCAAUGCAGUCAUGUUAGGCUGCAUUUUCAUGAAAACAGCUCAGGCUCACAGAAGGGCAGAAACUUUGAUUUUCAGCCGCCAUGCUGUGAUUGCCGUCCGAAAUGGCAAGCUGUGCUUCAUGUUCCGAGUGGGUGACCUGAGGAAAAGCAUGAUCAUUAGUGCCUCUGUGCGCAUCCAGGUGGUCAAGAAAACAACUACACCUGAAGGGGAGGUGGUUCCUAUUCACCAACUGGACAUUCCUGUUGAUAACCCAAUCGAGAGCAAUAACAUUUUUCUGGUGGCCCCUUUGAUCAUCUGCCAUGUGAUUGACAAGCGCAGUCCCCUGUAUGACAUCUCAGCAACUGACCUGGCCAACCAAGACUUGGAGGUCAUAGUUAUUCUGGAAGGAGUGGUUGAAACUACUGGCAUCACCACACAAGCACGAACCUCCUACAUUGCUGAGGAGAUCCAAUGGGGCCACCGCUUUGUGUCCAUUGUGACUGAGGAAGAAGGAGUGUAUUCUGUGGAUUACUCCAAAUUUGGCAACACUGUUAAAGUAGCUGCUCCACGGUGCAGUGCCCGAGAGCUGGAUGAGAAACCUUCCAUCCUUAUUCAGACCCUCCAAAAGAGUGAACUGUCUCAUCAAAAUUCUCUGAGGAAGCGCAACUCCAUGAGAAGAAACAAUUCCAUGAGGAGGAACAAUUCUAUCCGAAGGAACAAUUCUUCCCUCAUGGUACCAAAGGUGCAAUUUAUGACUCCAGAAGGAAAUCAAAACACAUCGGAAUCAUGACAACAAGAUAACCCCAAGACAGUCUUUUAUCAAGUUUUGAUGGUUUAUGCCAGGCACUGCCAGACUGAACCAGAGCUGGAACACAAUAAUGUGUCCUUCUACAUUUUAUUACACUAAAUGAUAUUCAUAUUCAAGCAACAGCACUUUCUGUAGUAAUAAAAAGUAACACACCAAGUGGAGGAUUCAUGGCUUACGCUUGUUUCAUACAUGUAGAAUUCGCAGUGACAUACUUAAGUUAUGUGCAGGGGUGGGUAUGCUCUUGUUUCUCUCAAUUUGAAACACAAGAAUUACACUAAUAGUAACAGGCCUUGAGCACAAAAUUUGGUCAAGAAAUGAGUCUGUUUGAAAUGCUUAGUUGGUGAAACCCAGAUCGCUGUGUUACUAAUGAUCACUCUGGAAAUGCAAAUAGAAUAGGAGGGGAAAAAACAAAAUCAUGUUAAUGCGUUUUGUACAUCAGCCUUCUCCUCUCUCCAUGAUAACUGCAUUUGGUAGGAAGCCUGAGGCAAAAACUGCUUAAGUGGAUCUGUUUGUAAAUGGAUUCAGUUCAUUCGUUUUGUCUGUCGGUGACUCCUGAAGGUUUCCUGGUCCAUCUCAUUGCAGCCUGUUGGGCAGAGCUGGACAAGGUGUCUUUGGAGGAAAGCUAAGUCUUGUCUCAUUUAGGACUGGGUUCCCCACAGUGACAGUCACUUCCGUCAGCAUCUCACUUCUUCUUUUAGAAUCCCCACAGGGAAAUACUGUAUUGAAUAUUUUAUUAAAACAUUUUCUUUGUA